UUCCCUUUCUCCGAUGUAUCUGAUCUAGAGGGCUCCGUGAUUUUAGAAUCAGAAGUUUCAGGUAUCUGAAUCCCGACGUAAAAAAACAGGUUCUGAUUUGGCGUUUUCCAGUUUCUCCGUAGCAGGCACUUCACUCGGUGAAGUCACUUGUUUCCACCUCAAGGGAACCCGGUCCGGAAAUGCUGUCAGUACGCUUCUCCUUUGCCCUACUGUGGGCAACACUGUGUCUCAAGGCACAGGGUAAGACUUUCGCUCUGUUUAAGCCUGCCAUCCUGAAGUUUUUCCUCAGUUACUGGUGGUUAUUCUUGCUGUCCUAUGAUGAACGUCCACAUGAGCUCGACAGUCGAGGAGUGCACCAGCAGAAGCAAUGGAGCUAUGAGCAGGAAUUACGGAUAUCCUCGGAGUGACUCAUGUUCCCUCUAAUGGAUAUCAUGUGCCUUUUGCACGGCUACAUGCAUUUUCUCCAUUUCAGCCUGUUGCUGUUUACAGACGCCGUCCAUGCUGCUGCACCGCUCAGCCUCGUUGUGCCGGAAGAAACGGCAGCCUCGUCAAAGGCCUCUUUGGCGGAGAAAGGAGAGGAGUUAUCCGUCGUACAUGAAACGCCGACAUCAAUUUUAGAAAGCCUGCCUGCUGAAAACACGUCCACGAAUCGACUCCCCGAUGUACAUGACAUGACUGUGGAAAAUACGGAACUAACAAAACGCGCAUCAGACGAGGCUCCAGACUAUCAAGAUCUUAGUCUCUCGCAGGAUGAAGAUCUCCUCGACAGGAAAAAGACCACACUGCAGACAGGCAAAGCACAGCAACCCCGGCUGCGAGGGCAUGCACCACAGGCAGGAAAAGUACCGGGGAAAAAGGUAUUCUCACGAACAAAUAAAUUGACUGAUAGCCCAGAUGAGAAAGAAGUCACACACAAAAAGGAGAGAAAGCGCGGGCAUACAAGAAAAUCAAGGUUUGACAAAGGGCAUAAUGUUCGUCCCGAAGAUGGGGAUCGGGUGAAGCUUGCAGCUUUGUCCCAUGACGUCAAAGUUUCUGACGUCAACCCUUUGGUCCGCAAAAGACGUUACUCUGAUAACAAACUCAUUUCAUUCCGCAAACAACAACCUAAGGCCACACAAGGCACUCCCGACAACAAAGUGCAUCAUCCGGGUGCUCGAACGAAAACCAGGUUUGCGCAGAGACGGCCACGAGGCAAAGAAGAUGCGGUAGAGAGAUCGAAGGUUUCUGCAACACCAGUGUUGGAGGAGCAAAAUCUCUCCAGCGACGCUGAAGCCACAACUGAGCACAAAAUCACAGCACCAAUGGGAAACUCGGCCCAGACUUCAGCUUCCGUCGAUGAAGGCGAUAGAGUUCUGAAGAAAGAAGAGACAGACGACAUCGAAUUCCUCAUGAAGAAGGCUGUCAGAGGCGCAGCCCUCAACGCGGUGAUCAUCCAGUAUCUAGUCGACGAAGCUCGCAAAAAAGACACAGACGCGGAAGGCCUUUUGGAGCAGCAGAUUAACAAUCUAAACGCCUUGGCAGUUAAAUUCAUGAGAUUCAACAAAGACAUGAAAGAGGCUGUGGAGAAAGCGAGGGACAACUCAGAACUCCAAAACCAACUAGUCAAUUACUGGCUCAACCACCUUGUUGCGCAACAACUUGUCAUCUUCAAAACUUUCGAUCCCUCAACUCUCAACGUUGAACCGAAAUUGACACAGUCGAUUCAACCUCUUAGCUUGGAAAAAGACCUUUCUCUCAGCUCUCCGAAUUGA